AACAUGCACAGAAAAGCUUCCACACCUUUGAAAAUCACUGAAUUUGUAACAGAUGUACGCAGGAGUAUUUACCUCGAUUAUAUAUUUUCAUUUAUGUUAUUCAAAAAAAGUUCUAAUUUUGGAACCACUGCCUAGUUCACUGCUUAUAAAUAUAACUGAAUGCAAAAAGUGAACAUAUACAAAUUUGUGAAUCUUAAAAUUAAUUAUUCUGCAUUUACAGUACUCCUAUACAUCUCAUGCAUCCUAAGCUCUCUUGCCUAAGUGGCUCAGUGUGCACCACAGAAAUAAUCCUGCUGCCUUCACAGAAGAUCAACAACUCAACAUAGCAAGUGUUAUCCACUUAGGAUAUAUCUGUGGGGUCAAAGUGUAAACAGAGAUAAAGUCUCUGAUGUGUCUUAACCUUCCCCCUUGGAGAGCAUACACAUCAUAGCAUCCAAACAUGAACUGGGAAGCCUUUCAAGCACUAAUCAGUGGAGUGAACAAGUACUCCACCAGUUUGGGCAGGGUGUGGUUCUCAGUUGUGUUUAUAUUCCGCAUCCUUGUUUACGUUGUUGCAGCGCAACAUGUCUGGGGAGACGACCAAGCAGAUUUUGUCUGCAACACUUUGCAGCCAGGAUGUCAAAAUGUCUGCUACGAUCAUUUCUUUCCUAUGUCUCACAUACGGAUGUGGGCACUACAACUGAUAUUUACUACAUGCCCUUCUCUGCUGGUCAUCAUGCAUGUUGCAUACAGAGAGGAAAGAGAAAGACGCCACAAAAAGAAGAAUGGAGAAACCAGUGCCAACCUCUAUGAAGACACAGGAAAGAAACAUGGAGGUCUUUGGUGGACAUACUUAAUAAGUUUGAUUUUCAAAGCAUCUUCAGAUACUGCAUUCUUAUAUGUCCUGCACAGAAUUUAUAACCGGUUUGAUUUGCCCUGUCUUGUUAAAUGCAAUGAAUUUCCAUGCCCAAACAUAGUUGACUGCUUCAUAUCUAGGCCAACAGAAAAGAAAAUAUUCACAUACUUUAUGGUCGGAGCCUCUGCUAUCUGCAUCUUGCUAAAUGUAAUGGAAAUGUUUUACCUUAUUUUCAAGCAUAUUCACAGCUUCUAUCAUUCUACAUGUGUUAAAAGGAGAAGCGUAUCCUCCACAUUUCAAAAUGAAUGCAAUGAGAAUGCAAAUUCCUUCAACAACUGUGAUGAGAGUCAGUGGGACAGUGCACCACCCAGUUAUCCCAGCCUACAAAAUCUAAUGACCUAUGUAUAAUUGUCUAUUUCCUUGAACUAUGUGUUUUUUAUACACCUUCCAUUUAUAUCCAGUAUAAUAAAGAGGAGACACACACACACACACACACACACACACACACACACACACACACACACACACACACACACACACACACACACACGUCUUUCUCCUGCCACCUAAUGCUUGAAAGUCUCUAGGAGGGCAUCAGAACAGCAAUUGUAAUACCAACAUGUGCAGGGAGCAACGGCAUUCAUCAAAGCAUGGAGGAUGUGUAAGUAGAAGUAACAUUAUAGAUCUGCAUUUCAAGACAGUCUUGACACGUACUACAAUUUCAGAUGUUACCAGAUGCUGAUGCAGAACUACUUUUUUUUCUUUUCAAUGCAUUUCAUUCCAGCAGUGUUAUGUUACACAUCUCUGUUUAGCUAAGCCCCAUGAUUAAAUAAAAGAAAAUGCAGCAAAA